AUGGCACACAAGCACAACCGCAGACGAAUCCGCCCUCGGAACCGCAACAACAUCUUGCAACUGACUUGGGAUAUAACUGAAUACACUCCUUCCUCACUGCAGUCGUCCGCUACCUAUCCCUCGACCUUUCCAAGGCCUACGCCAACACAGCCAACACAACCUGCACUGCCGCUGACUCUACGAAACUCUGGCGCCAGUCUUACAUCAAAGAACUGGCACAACCGAUACGUGGCCUGGCAGAACCGCGACAUGGCACAAAAGCGAGAAGCCAUCAAACUGGAAGACGAACAGAUCAAACUCUUUGGAGGCGAGCCCGGAGACGAUGUGGCGCUCUGUUACAAGAUGUUGGAAGUGUUUGCGGGCAUGAAAUGGAUCGAUACCCUGGAUUAA